AUGCUCACGCACUGCUCCAUCCAAAUUUCCGCAUCUCCUUUUGAUUUCCCUCCAUCUUCCUUGGCAGACCCUUAUUUCCAUGGGAACAGGGGACCUCUGGCCGUAUGUCUCCACCCCAAACCUAACCCAAUGAUGAACAGGCCUGUUAAUAACGGCAUGUCUCAACCCCACCCCUCAAUGCCAAACACCGCCCUCUGUGAGGUAACCAAGCGAGAGAUGAAAGAAGAUGGAAUGCAUCGCGACGCGGGGUGCAAACGACAGCAUCAUCCGCUCGGCACCUCAACUGGCCGAGUAGAAGCUAGCAGGCCAAAAGUAGUCCCCAUGGCAAACGGGAUCCAGCACCCCGUAGACCACCAAUUUGUACUCCGUACAGUCUGCGUCCCGAGUCUCUUGGCGGGAGCUAACGGGUGCUCCGUCCGGGAGCAAGGAGAACAACACAAGACGCCCGCAGCACAUCAAGUGCAACAACCAACUUGCGCUGUGAUCCUGCCAACUUGGCCGGCGGACAAGAAGCCGAAGGGGGCUGCAGUAUGGCGGGGUAAGCAUGCAGUAGUGUUGUACCAUACUGUUCGCCCGCCGCUUGGCGUGCCGUCCAUGCGUGAGAUCGGCACACAGGAUCCGUCAGGCUCUGGCUUCGUUUCACCCCCAUUGCGGACUUGCUACCUGGGCGCCCUUACAGUGCCUCAACCCUGCGGCCCGAGAAGUGAAACGGUGCAUAUCACCAUGGAUGCAACCAAUUUGCAGCCAAUUGCAACCGCCAUGCUGCUGCGCCCCACUGACACAUGUUGGAAUAGACAAGACAGCCUUGUUUUCCGGUAG